AUGGAACUUAUUUCUGUUCAUUCUUCAGGAAUCAAYUACAACAUUGCAAUACCAAGUUGUGCUGUGUGGAACAUAAGGUUUUCUGGGGCUUUGUAUGUAAAAAGCUUUGGGUUUGAUGUUGGCUUAGGUUACACUUCUUUUUCUUUUUUCUUUUCCAGGGCGGAUUACUGGAAAUCUCAGCCAAAAAAGUUCUGCGACUACUGCAAGUGCUGGAUAGCAGACAACAGACCUAGCAUUGAAUUUCAUGAAAGAGGAAAGAAUCAUAAAGAAAAUGUGACAAAACGAAUCAGUGAGAUAAAAAAGAAAAGCUUGGAAAAAGCAAAAGAAGAAGAAAAUAUGUCAAAAGAAUUUGCAGCAAUGGAGGAAGCAGCAAUGMAGGCAUAUCAAGAGGAUUUGAAAAGGCUUGGAAUUAAGCCAGAUGAUGUAGGUCCCAGUUCGACACAGAGUAAAACAGAGGAAAAGAAAGGAAAGAAAGAGAAGAAAGAAAAAAAGGAAAAGAAGGAAAAGAAGAAAAAGAUGUCUCAAGAUACUUCAGGGCCACCAAAAGGUGAAAAGAAGGAGUGGGUACAAGGACUUUCCCCUGAGGGCUACACAUACUACUACAACACAACCACUGGAGAAUCACAGUGGGAGAAACCUAAAGGAUUCCAAGACAGCUCUCCAAAGUCUAAGACAACAGCAGAGUGGGUCGAAGGUGUUUCUGAAGAUGGUCAUACCUACUACUAUAACACACAAACAGGAGUAUCUACUUGGGAGAAACCUGCUGGUUUUGUUUCGUCUUCAAAUGAGAAGAGUCAACGUAACAAGCGUGCUGGAGACCGGGCAGAAACCGAUUCCAAAGCAUCUGAGUCGGACUCUGAGGAUGACAGCGGAAGUGAGGAUGAAAGUCCUGAAAGAAAUUUCAAGAGGAAAGGAGAUAAUGGUGAAGAAACAGAAGAAAAGAAAUCUCCCAAAGCUAAAACAUUAGGUGUAUGGCGAGAAGUUAAUCUAGAAGAGGAAAUGAAAAGGGAGACUACCUCAAUUUUCCAGGAAGCCUCCAGUGAUGCAUCUAAGACCACCAAACCUUAUGGAACCUGGAAAUCAAUUAAAACAGAGGAAGAAGACACGUGUGAAAAAGUGGACCUGGAGCUUCCUAGUGCAGAGGAUGACAAUGCAACAUCUCCAGCGUUGGAGGUUCCAGAAGAUGGAAAAGUGAUAUUUAAGGAGAAGACCGUCACCUCUCUUGGGGAUGUGUCAGAAGGGGUGCCAGUGUUUAAAAAGAGAAAAUUUGAAAAUGGAAAAUCUAGAAACUUAAGACAAAGACUAAGUGAUCAGUAAUAUUUAUCAAAUCAUUCUAGAUUCUGUUUAAGCUAGAGAGAAUCAAAAGUUUAAUAUUUUAAACAGGCUUUUAUAAAGAAGUUGGUUAGAAAUUAAGGAUUUAUAGCUGUUUAAACAUAUGUGAGUUGUAAUAUUUUUUUAAUUUUAUUUUGACGUGAUUGCUUUCAGAAUGGAAGUUUAUGCUAUAUUACUUACGCAGUAUUGUAAAUACUUCUAGUUUUUAUUUUAACCAUGACAUCUAUGUCCAAUUUACUCAGUUCAUGCUGUUUUAAAUGCAUUGUAUAAAGUAUUUUUUACUCCUUUUCUMAGUAUGUGAGAAGAAGGGUACAGAUCUUUCGUACAAGAAAUACCAGUAAAAGGCAGGUGCUGGAAAGCAGAACCAGCCCCCAAGAUUGUUUUUUUUGUGUAGAGUCCUUUCCAAGUUAAUGAGGAGAAAUAUUUUGCUUACAAACCUUYGGCUAAUCAGUUGCAAGACAGUAGGUGGUGACAGUUCCAGCUUCUCAAACAGAUAAUUUGAAGCUGUUUUUAGAUGAGUUGGUCACAUCAGUGUCAUACAUUUUGAAUGACAGCCAAAAAUAAAUUUCUUGUA